AUGUCACAGUUGCUGUUCCUGGUGGCGAAAACUGCGUCAUUAGCAACAGUACUUGCAUUUGUGAUUCACACAGUACAAAGCCAGAUAAAUCCUGCUUUCACACAAAAACCUGCAGUAUCAGGAUCGGCAGGAUCAGCAGGCACAGUAACUAAUACAUUCUAUUUUGACAGUGCUAGUGAUUGCAACAAACCUAUACGAGAACUGUAUGGGUCAAAAGCAGUCAUUAAAGGUAGUGAUCCAUCCUCCACCAGACAAGGACAAACCACUUGCACGAUUCGGCUGCAGUCAACAGGGCAGUUUGAAAGCACCAUCAUUGAUAUAGAAGCUAUAUCAAUUAACAUCCAGGAUUGUGACGUACAAGUUUCUAUAUAUGAUGGAGAUGGUGCUCAACAAUUAAUGAUGGCUUAUGACUGUCGCACAAGUCAGAAUCAGAACAGAAAAAGAUUUAUAACAUCUGGCAACACAGUCACAUUUAUGAUGUCUCGUCGGAAUGUCAACAGCGCAAACUUUGAUAUUGAAAUAAUAGUUACCCCUAUCAGAGGUGGUAUAAACCCAUCAGAUCAAAACAACUUUGGCAUCGACCAUUACUUUGAUAAGUUUCCUCAGACUGCUAUUGUGGGAUUGAUUGGAGCUUUCUACACUAUUGUAAUCAUAAUAUGCACGGUCAUAAUAAUCUACUUCAGUCGCAGUUACUGGGGUUUGAACAAACACUGGGAGACCCACCAACUGGAAACACUGCAGACAGGUACCACAUUUGAUAAGAAACAUCUACCAUCAAGUGUUUGGUCAGUGGAUGCGAAACAAAAGCAAGGGCUGGCAGUAACCAACUUCAACGUGCAGAAAAAUAUGACAUCAAAAACAGUAGAUGAUUCUGACAAUUUUUAUAAUGAUAAAGUGCUUCAGAAACGUUUCAUAAAUGAAGAAAAAAGUGAAGCAAGGCCAAGGUAUGCUUCGAGCAAUGCCUCCUUUGCAACUACAGCAGAAGAUUCAGAAUGUUUUCAAGAAAAGACGCGUUCUCAUCACAAGGCAAGAAAAGGUCAAAAGCCGCCGCCAUCUUAUAAUGAUGUCAGUGACGUUACAUCUGAAAAUUCUUCCUCAAAUGAUGACUCUGAGGUCACUAGUACUGACAGCUCUGUGAAAAAACCGUCUUCAGUCCACAAAACAUCAAGAUCACGUAAAUAUGACACUGAUUCAGACACUGAAUCUAGAACAGAUGAGGAAAGUGAAAAUUCUUCCUCACGCCGAGCUGACAGAACUCAAAGGAAAAGGCACAAUGUUCGGCAUAAAACUAAACAGCAGAAAAAACAUGAUGUGAAAAGUGUUUCACAGCCUAAUCCACCACAGCCACAGUUACUUCCAUCCCAGGCUCAAGUUCCAUACAAUGCUUAUCCCACAGGCCAUUUUAUUCCUAUGAUGACCAAUGUUCCUCAUUUCCAGCCACCUCCUGUGUUUCCCACAUUACCACCUCCUACCUAUACAGAAAGACCAGCAAGACAACCAGUUCAACCAACAGAACCACCAGUCUAUUCGUAUCUGGUAAGGAGGGGAUAUACACCCCUAGAUGUAGAAAGCAGCUCUGUAGUAAGCCAUACUUUGCGGGGUCAGAGGCCAGUUGUAAAACAUUCAGAAGAACCUGAGUUGAGAUUGGAAAGUGGUGUAGAGUAUAUGAACAGAUGA